AGAUAUUCGCAUUAUUUUAUAUUUACACGAGGGAGAAAAUACAAUAGUUUAUCAUCUUCUUUCACUAAAGUUUGGAAAACUCGACUUCACAAACUGUUACUUUUCCUAGUUGAAGUAAAAAACAGAGAGCUUCUUCUCCUCCACUUCUUUCAGCUUCCAUUAUCCUGUCUAAACUCUCCACUUUUUGAUUGGAGGUGCGAUUUUUCAAGCUGAAAUCCACUUCUUUGAAGCUGAAUUUAAAUUUCAUUAUCAGAUUCUGCCGUUUAAUUUGAUACUGAACGCUUCUCACAGUCAGUUAGUUUCUCAAUAAAUGCAAAGAAUUAAGCAGAGGCCAUUGUAGUCCAUGGCCUCUCUGAAGCUCGUAAUUUCACCAGAUAACAGCUCGCAUGAUAUCAAAAAGCUAAGUUCUCCUUUUAAUUCCUUCAGUUUUGCUUCAAAUACUUUGUCUUCUGGCUUUUGGAGUACGAAUGGGGCACUCUUUUUAAAGCCGUUUUGUAAAUUGAAACACAUUAGGGUUUCUAGGUUGGAUAAUGAGUUUUUGGAUAAGUCUGAAACCAAGUUGGACGAUGAUUGGACUGAUAAUGUGAAGAAGUACGUGGAUGGUGAUGAUAAUCUGGUUUUAGAAGGCCAAGAUAUUCAUGGGGAUUCUAAUAGGGUGAGGGUGAAUAUCUGGAAGAAGUUCAGGGGUGCAAAGACGUUGAGGAAUAAGAGCAAAAAGAAUUUGGAUGAUCAAAGGAAUGGUAAAAAACAUAAGAGGGAAGGCAAAUUCGUAAUUCCAUCCCAGAAAGUCGGUGCAAACAGCGUCUUCGAUUCUCAAACUGUACUUGAUUUAGAUUUCAAUGCUCUCAAUCCCGACUGGAGCCUAGACUGUUGCAAUCAGAUCUUGGAGCAACUUGAGAGAAGCAAUGACGGCAAAGCUUCGAGGUUUUUUGAGUGGAUGAAAGUUAAUGGGAAGUUGAAGAAGAACUUGACUGCUUAUAAUUUUCUGUUGAGGGUUUUGGGUAGAAAAGGGGAUUGGGAUGGUGCAGAGCUCAUGAUUAAGGAGAUGGUUUCUGACUCAGGCUGCAAGCUUACUUAUCAGAUCUUUAAUACCCUUAUAUAUACUUGUUAUAAGAAUGGGCUAGUGGAGUUGGGUUCCAGGUGGUUCAGGAUGAUGCUCGAUUAUGGGGUGCAGCCGAAUGCUGCUACGUUUGGGAUGCUAAUGUCUCUUUACCGGAAGGGUUGGGUUGUUGAGGAGGCGGAGUGUACAUUUUCACUGAUGAGGAAGAUGAAGAUAGCGUGUCAUUCAGCUUAUUCAGCUAUGAUCACAAUUUAUACGCGCAUGGGCUUGUAUGACAAAGCUGAAGCAGUUAUUGGCUUCCUCAGAGAAGAUGAAGUUGUUUUAAAUCACGAUAAUUGGUUGGUUAUGCUCAAUGCUUACUGCCAGCAGGGGAAGUUGAGCAAGGCAAAGCAAGUGUUUUAUGCAAUGAGAGAAUCUGGUUUUUCUCCCAACUUAAUUGCAUAUAACACGAUGAUCACAGGGCAUGGGAAAGUUUCAAAAAUGGAUGGUGCAGAGCAUUUUUUCCGUGAUCUAAAAGAUGCUGGUAUUAUGCCUGAUGAGACAACAUAUAGGAUGAUGAUUGAAGGUUGGGGUCGAGCAGGAGAUUAUAAGCAUGUGAAACUUUACUAUGUCGAGCUCAAGAGGUUAGGUUUUAAGCCUAGCACAUCAAACUUGUACACAUUGAUAAGAUUGCAAGCCGAACAUGAAGAUGAAGAGGGUGCCAUUGGAACUGUUGAUGACAUGUUGGCGAUUGGUUGUUCAAAGUCCUCCAUUCUUGGGAUUGUUCUACAGGCAUAUGAGAAGGCUAAUAGACUGGAAAAGAUGUCUUUGAUUUUGGUAGGUUCCAUGUACGAGCACGUUCUUAAGAAUCAGACAUCUUGUGCAAUUCUUGUAACGGCUUAUGUCAAAAAUGGCUUGAUCGAUGAUGCUCUAAAAGUUCUGCGAGAGAAGCAGUGGGGCGAUCCCAUAUUUGAGGACAACUUGUACCACCUCUUAAUGUGUUUGUGCAAAGAUUUGGGCCGUUUGGAGAGCGCUGUCAAGAUAUUUACUUGCAUGCCGAAUUCUCCCAAGCCAAACUUGAAUAUCUCUUGCACAAUGAUAGACAUUUACAGCAAAAUGAGCCUAUUUUCUGAAGCUGAAGGGCUUUAUAUCGAGUUGAAAAGUUCGAAUGUCAAACUGGACAUGAUAGCCUUAAGCAUUGUCAUAAGAAUGUAUGUCAAAUCUGGGAAUCCGGAGAAGGCCUGCGUGGUUGCAGACACUAUAGCUGAACAGGAGAAUAUUGUGCCCGAUGUUUAUCUUCUUCGUGACAUACUCCGCAUUUAUCAGAGAUGUGGGAAGGAUGACAAAUUGGCAGAUCUGUACUAUAAAGUGUUGAAAAAUGAUGAAAGUUGGGAUGAGGAAAUGUACAACUGUGUGAUAAACUGCUGUGCACGUGCGCUGCCAGUUGACGAACUUUCAAGGCUUUUCGAUGAAAUGCUACAGAAAGGAUAUGCACCAAACACCAUUACCUUCAAUGUUAUGUUGAAUGCUUAUGGGAAAUCCAAGCUGUUCGAGAAGGCAAGAAAGGUAUUUUGGAUAGCUAAGAAGCGAGGUUUAGCUGAUAUUAUAUCUUACAACACUAUUAUAGCUGCUUAUGGGAAAAAUAAAUACUUGAGCAAUAUGUCAGCUGUUGUGAAGAGAAUGCACUUUGAUGGCUUUUCAGUUUCUCUUGAAGCCUACAACUGCAUGUUGGAUGUGUACGGGAAAGAAGGCGAGAUGGAUAAAUUUAGAGAUGUUUUGCAGAGGAUGAAGGCUUCUAAGUGUUGUGCUGAUCGUUACACGUACAACAUCUUGAUCAACAUAUAUGGAGAGCGAGGAUGGAUUGAUGAAGUCAUGGCUGUGCUGAUGGAACUCAAGGAAUGUGGAAUUGGGCCUGAUUUGUGCAGCUACAACACGUUGAUAAAAGCAUACGGUGUUGCUGGAAUGGUUGAAGAGGCCGUUGGUUUGGUCAAGGAGAUGAGAGGAAACGGAAUAGAACCCGACAGGAUAACGUAUAGUAACCUGAUAACCGCAAUGAAAAAGAACGAUAUGUUUCUGGAGGCUGUGAAGUGGUCGUUGUGGAUGAAGCAGAUGGGGCUGUGAUUCUUGCACUCGUGGAGGCAUUGCUCUUUCUCGUUGACGUGAGACGGUUAUGAAGAUCCGGGCCGCACAAAAAACCGGUGAGUUGAUGUGAUGCUUCUUUUAACUGUAUAUGUUUAUACUGUAUAAUUGUAUAGAAGCUACUGCCAUCACACACAAGUUGUUCCUGCAUUGUGAUUUCUGAGUCAUUGAAUGCAUGAAAUGCCAUAGUUUCGAGUGUUUUGGUGAA